AUGUCUGUUCAUAGGCGCGCCAGCGACGCUGAAACGGGCCUCUCAGAAACAAAUGAUACAACUGUGCAUACACAGGACCCGCCAACAGACACCAGCACAAAGCGACAAUGGCUCGAUUGGAAUGACACCUGGGCAUGGGAAAUCGGAUCUGUGACCCUAGCCGUCGUGGGCCUUGCGCUUUUGGUUGCCUUUCUUGUCACGAUAAACAACACCCCGUACGCGAACUGGCAAUAUACCGCGUCCCCGAAUACUGUCGUGUCGAUUAUUGUCACUAUCACAAAAGCCGCCCUGCUGGUCCCAGUGUCCUCGUGUCUCGGCCAGCUGAAAUGGAACCUGUUUCAAGAUCCUGCGCCACUAUAUCACAUGCAGGUUAUCGACCAGGCCAGUCGGGGACCCUGGGGAUCCUUGGAGAUUUUACUGGGCGGGAUAUUUGGGUCGAGAACAGGAAGUCUGACUUAUAUUGGGGCAGUUAUUACUAUCCUGGCUCUAGCAGUGGAUCCAUUUGCGCAGCAAAUUUUGACACUCCCGUCACGAACCGUUCCUGCAUUGAAUGCCACGGCAUUGACCCAAACCUCGCAAAAUUGGACUUCCACAGGGGGGUUGGAUCAAAGUGAUGUACAUCUUGAGCUUCCGCCGACGCUUUUCACUGCCAUAAUAAGCGGCCUCAUGCAGACACAACGCCCUCUGGAGCCUCAAUGCAAUGCGCUCUCUUGCGACUUCCCAGAGUUUGUUGCGCUGGGGAUGUGUAGCAAAUGCGAGGAUGUCACAGCUCGCACAGACCAAAAGUGUCAGGUGGAAGACGAUCUGGCUUUCUGGGAGGGUAUCCCCGUCCACCCGGCUCUCAGGGAAGCUCCUACGAAUUGCAGCUACCGAACCCCGAGUAACUUCUCUUUCGACUUCAAACACCCCCAAAGCAUCGCGUACGGCACUAUCGGUGUGGAUUCAGAUUUACACAAAAGUAAUAAUGUCACGUUCAAUAUGAAUCAUUGGAGUUUACGCCCAAGGGCGGAUUACCCAAUUCUGGGUAUUCAAGCCCCAAUUGUCUCCCUCAUUGAGGUAGACUAUAUCGACCCGGUUCGCUACAUUGUAUCCAACGCGACAGCCCCGCCAACAAAGCCAGUGAUAACCGAAUGUGCUGUAUACUUUUGCGAGCGACGAUACGCAGCAGGCACCUUCCGGCCUACCACCCAAGACAGCAGUCCAUUGCACGUUGUCGAUACACAGGAGCUCAUUGUGAAAGAUGCCCAAGAGGAACGGCCCGAUAUUUACUCACCAGACCCGUUUUACUUUGACCCACCAAAGGGGUCGGCAACACUAUCAAAAAACCCGACAUACAGCAUGGAUCACCUAACGUUCAACAGCUUCAGACCUCUAAUGAUGAGCCUGUUCAACAGUACAAACAAUGGCAACAGGUUCAACGUAUCAAUAUCAGACACGUUGAAGCUGGCAUCGUUUCUACGCAGGGGUAACCUCGGCGAAAUACUCGACUCAAUGUCCACCAGCGUCACCGAUACGAUCCGCAAGAAUGGGCACGGUAGCGAGGUUUCCGGGAAGGCGUUUCGAGACGAGAGAUUCAUUCAGGUCCGAUGGCCGUGGAUCAUUCUCCCGGUCGUUGUUGCUUUGGGAUCACUGGCGCUGCUUUUGGGAACUGCGAUAGGAAGCAAGCAGACAGACGCCGUGCUGUGGAAGUGUAUGGUACUUCCGUUGUUGUCAAGUGAUCUCCAUACUACGCCGGAGCAUAGAAUUGCGUCUGUGCGCAGUGCGGAUGGAAUGACUGCUAUGUCGAAGAACAUGCGCGCUGUGGUGGUGCAGGAUGAGGGGCCACUUACGUUCAAGGAAAAGUGA